UCCCACCUCUGAGCGAGACACAACGAGAGGAGCAGGUGGAGCGCGAGCGGGCGGACUUGAAGUGAAGCAACAGACUGGAUGACUUUUACAUUGCCCCGAGUUGUUAUCUCACUGUCGAACAAAAGGACGGGAAAAGUGGGCAUUAGGAAAGCAACACACGGCAGCUAAACGAGCGGAAGCUAGAAGUUGACGAGCUCGGAUUCUCCGCUGUCUGUGAUAGAAGUGACUGAAAAGACAACUGUCUCUACAAGAGGUAGCAGCAUCUCAGCAUGCAGCACUACGGGGUGAACGGCUACUCUCUGCACGCCAUGAACUCCCUCAGCGCCAUGUACAACCUGCACCAGCAGGCCGCGCAACAGGCGCAGCACGCACCCGACUACCGCCCCUCCGUGCACGCGCUCACACUGGCAGAGAGGCUAGCUGACAUCAUCCUGGAGGCUCGCUAUGGCUCUCAGCACCGCAAACAGCGCCGGAGCCGCACGGCCUUCACGGCACAGCAGCUGGAAGCACUGGAAAAGACUUUCCAAAAGACCCACUACCCGGAUGUGGUGAUGAGGGAGCGGCUGGCCAUGUGCACCAACCUACCCGAGGCCCGUGUGCAGGUUUGGUUCAAAAACCGCAGAGCCAAGUUCCGUAAGAAGCAGCGCAGCCUCCAGAAGGAGCAGCUCCAGAAGCAGAAGGAGGCGUCAGGGGAAGGAGGGAGCGAGAAGGAGGACGCACCUCCCUCCACAACUAUCCUUCCUGACACCCAGCUCCCUCCUCCAUCCUCCUCCGCCGCCGCCUCAUCUCUGGAGACAGAGGGUCCUGUAGUCCGUGCUGUACCGCUGGACAUGGAGCUCAACGUCACGUCAGCUGAACACUCUGGCAGCGAGUCGGCGACCGAGGACAACGCCACAGAUAAGGAGGACGAGAGUAAAUCCCAGAGAGAGGAGAUGAAGUGUGAGAGAGCCCUGACUCCUGACGACAUUUCUCCAGGUUGCAAAAGACUCAGCCCUAAACCAGACUCUCCCCUGGUUUCUCCGUCCGUGACCCCCCCUUCCUCCUCCAGCAGCGGCCUGGCCCCCCUCUCUCAGAGCCACUCUUACUCCUCCUCCCCUCUCAGCCUGUUUCGUCUGCAGGAGCAGUUCCGCCAGCACAUGGCUGCCACCAACAACCUGGUGCACUACCCUGCCUUUGACCUCUCUGCCCCAUCUUCCCUUCCUUACCUGGGGAUGAAUGUCAACAUGCCCCCCGCGCCGCUGGGCUCCCUGCCCUGCCAGUCUUACUACCAGUCCCUGUCCCAUCACGCCCAGCAGGUGUGGAACAGCCCGCUGCUGCAGGCGUCGGCUGCAGGCGGCCUUGCCAGCCACAACAGCAAGACCACCAGCAUCGAGAACCUGCGUCUGAGGGCCAAGCAGCAUGCUGCCUCGCUGGGACUGGACACAAUGUCUAACUGAGAAUCAGAUCGUAUGGAGGACAAUGUGAGCUAGGCCUACACAUCAGCCCAUCCCACUGCGUGUCUGUGUGACUGUGAUAGUUCUUUAGGAGCCUUCUCAAGUAGAUGGGCAGAGGACAUGCAGAGAUGCCCAAAAAUAAAA